AUGCAAGGUAAUGAAGUACCAGUCGAAUGGCGUGGAACUUUAUCAAACGUAAUAUAUCGUUAUGGUGGAGAACUUCGUGAAGCAUCUACGAUUGAAGUAAAAAUAUACAAUCGACUUGAAAGAAAAGACACAUAUAAUGUGAUUGGAAUAAUGAAAGGUGAAAUUGAACCAGAUCGAUAUAUUGCUCUUGGAAAUCAUCGUGAUUCUUGGGCAUUGGGUAGUGUAGAUCCAACAAGUGGAACAGCUACUCUUCUUGAAAUAACAAGAGUACUUGGUCAAAUGUAUAAAAAUGGAUUUCGACCACGACGAAGUUUAAUGUUUUGUUCAUGGGGUGCUGAAGAAUAUGGACUGGUUGGAUCAGUAGAAUAUGUUCAGGAAUAUGUUAAAGUACUUGGUGCUCGAAUGGUGUCUUACUUGAAUGUAGAUGUUGCAGUUGAAGGCAACCAUACAGUUAGUAUUUAUACUUCACCAAUGUUGUUUGAUGUUAUUAUCGAAGCAGCUAAAAUGGUUCCAAGUGCUUAUGAUCCUGUUGGACAAACUGUCUAUGAUAAAUGGAUGAAGGUUAAUCGAAAUAAUAGAACUAAUGAACCAAAUAUGAUAUAUGGUCUUGGGUCAGCCAGUGACUACUAUGCCUUUGAUCAGUUAGUUGGUUCAUCAAAUGUGGAUAUAACAUAUAGUUACAAUGUUGUUGAUCAUGGAAAUAUAAGUUCAUAUCCACUUUAUCAUACAUCCUAUGAAGUGUUUUCUAUGAUGAAAAAGUUUAUGGAUCCUCAUUUUACAGCUCACAGAACCAUAGGACAAUUUUGGGGUGUUUUAGCAUUACUUUUAUCAGAAACAUCUGUUUUACCAUUUAAUGUUACAAGAUAUACAACGGCACUCAUGCAAGCAAUGAAUAGUCUUAAACCAAAAGAUCCUGCUGUUCUUGAUCCACUUCGAAAUGCUAUCAAUGAUUUUGGUACGGCUACUCAAGAUUUCGUUGCACGAUUGAAAUCAUUAGAUUUUGAAAAUCCAUACGAAAUUCGAGCAUACAAUGAUCAGUUGUUACAACUUGAACGUGCCUUUCUAAAUCCAUUAGGACAAGGUGGUGAUUAUACUGAUCUAAAACAUGUUGUCUAUGCACCAGCGAAAAUUAAU